AUGGCAGAAGGAGAGGCAGAUGCAGGCGGCGAGGGCGGGAUGCGUGCAGGCGCCAUUGUGGGCACCUGCGAGGAGAUGUGCCCAGCAGUAGAACGGGAGCGGCGUAGCAGGCUCAGCGAUAUCCAGAUCUUCGAGCGCUUGGACCUGGAGAACUCGGGUUUGACCAGUGCUGAGCUGGCUGUCAAACGUUUUGCUCGCACGGAUGCACGGCUCGGCCUGAUUCACAAGUUCUUGUGGGACCGCUACCGCUCCGUACGCCAGGAUCUGUACAUUCAGGGCAUGGAUGACGAAUUUUCCGUGAACAUAUUUGAGGAAGUAGUGCGGUUUCACCUGCUGUCUGAGCAUGAGCUAUGCGAGGAGGAGGCAUCUAGCAGCUUAUGUAGACCCUCCGCCCCCUGUCCCGCGUAA